AUGGGGCAUCGUCAAAAUCCAUCUAACGAGAUGAAUCGCGGUCUUAACGAUCUCUAUAACACCGAAGAUGAUUUUGAAAAUCCACAACUUCCUGUCAACGCGAAUGUUCAAGUAAUCGAAGGUGACCACGGUCAAAUAACACCAAACGGGCGCGAUCAACGUACUUUAUCGUCGUCGAUACCCUCACCACUCAAUCUAAACAACUUGACGACAAUAAUUGACAGUCGAUUCUUAUCGAAUGACGCUAUUAUACGACAACUGAGCCUACAAAUAGACGAAUGUAUGAGGGGUCACCAUGACUCUCAAAGACAGAUAAGACAUAUACAAAAGAACAUGGACGACGUCCAACAGAAUCUGACUUUAUUAAGUAACCACAUAAGGGAGACCAAUCAAACCGUAGGUCUGUACGCUCGCUGUACCACCAAUAUGUUAAAAAGAGCGCGUACUCGUGGAGAUUUGGGAUUAGAAGAUCUUCGAUUACUUAAAGAACUAAAUAUGGAAAAAUUACCUGAUUCAAAUAUCAACCCUGCCGACAUCACCGCAGAAAUUAUUCGAGAAAUUACAAAUGCAGCCGCAUGUACUGCUCGACCUGCUUCACAUUUACAUGGUCCUCCACCACUACCAUCAUCUCCUCGUCCUUCCAUGCCGAACGCUAACUCCAGCUACCACCAACCUCUCCGAAUCGACUGCCCUCAUGGAACAGCCGGCCAAUCAAUGCAUGGGACGGAAUAUAACAGCCAACGAAGCUUCGCUAAAAAUGUAGCUGCCGCUGAAGCUAUCAUGAGUCAGCGUGGACUCACAUAUCCCAGCACCACUUUAAAAGCCCGGGAAUAUUUACGAGCCCUGACCGACUUCGGGAAAGAAAUGGGCUUAACCGAAUCAGAGCACCUGACACUGGCUAAAACAGCCAUGUACCAAGCUGAAGGACACUGGGUGAGACAGUAUCAACAUUCCUGGCACUGCUGGGAAGACUUUGCUAAAUCCUACACCGAAUAUUUUACAUCGGGGAAAACUGACUUAGACAUAAGUCAAGAAAUCAUGACCACGUACCAACAACACCGUGAAGAUCCCAAGACGUUCAUCAAAGAAGCCAUGAUGAAAUAUCAAGAGAUGGACAAAGCACCGUCAGAAGAAGAGCAAGUUCUCGUGAUCAGAGCUCGCUUAUCAUAUGAAAUCCAGUCUCAACUUGACUCUCUGGCUCCUUACACCAAAACCUAUUCACAAUUAAACUCAGCCGUGAGAACAGCUGUACAACGAUUAGCUCAGAGAGCCAAAGCCGCUGCAGAGACCAGAAAACCUGCAAAAUAUACCAAAAGAGCGUAUGAAGGAGUACCUUCAUCAGACUCAGAAGACUCGGAAAUUUGUUAAUAAAUGUAAAACCUGUCUUCUACAUAAUCCCGACACAAACCCACCAAAUAUUCCUGAAGGUCACCGACCUAUUACUGAACCUUGGGAGUGUGUAUCGAUUGACACCAUCGAACCGUUACCGCGUUCAACUCACGGUAAAACGCAUUUAUUUGUACUACGCGACGUGUAUACACGCUACCUAAAAUUAAAAUCGACACCAGAACUGACCUGCGCUUAUAACACCUCUAUCCACAGUUCCCUUGCAUGCAGCCCUACCCUCUUUAAUUUUGGUAGAGAUCCUAGAUAUCUAGAACUGCACCGCAACCUUUCCAUAAUACCUGAAAUAAUUAUACCUGUGGAGCGUGAGCAACUCAUGAAAUUCGGCAUUUUGUUGAAUUAAAAAUGCUAAAGGCACAAGAUGUACAAAAAACCGCGCGAAAAUCUCCGCGACCUGAAACUAACUUAACCGUUGGCGCUGAAGUAUAUAUAAAAUCAAAAACUCUGAGUCGGAAAGCAGAAGGAAUCGCUGACAAGACCACCUGAACAACACUCAAGGGCGAGACACUUGAGCACCUGCGCUGUUAUUGAACACGAGACAUCACUGUAAACCUGAGAAGAAAUGGCCGAAGAAAACAACCGUCAAUCCAACAUACGACAUUACUGGAGUAACCCUGUGUUCAAGGCACCUGCAUUUGUGGGUCCUAAUAUUCCAACGACGCCUAAUCUGCUAUACAAAUUCCACGUAACACGAGAUCAUCGUCGUACCAUCGUGUACGAUCAGCCUAAUAGUAAACUGGUUGAAAUCAGCGACAUAUCAUUUGUACAACCAGUACCAAAAUCAGCGACCAUCACUACACCACCAGACUUCACUGCGGUACUAUUUAUUGUACCAUUAACAAUCAAAAUCGGAGACUCCGUACACGAAAGUCAGUACGAUCUGAGGGACACUGUACCUGAAGAGACCUGGAGGGCUUACUGGCGAACAUUAUGCCAGAAAGUCGAGGUAUUACCACCUGCUACAAGAACUGUGGGGACUCAGACCGCAGAAACCAGGCUAUCAUCUGUACCUGGGUCAACCGGAUGUCUCCGCUGUAAACGAAAGGGACAUUCACAUCAAGAAUGUACCAAUGCCAAAUUUGGGGACGAUUACUGCACCAGCUGUCUUAGAGUAGGACACAACAAUAAUUCAUGUCCGUACUUGCCGUCAUCAUCAGCCGGAUUUGAGCUGAUGAAGGAAUUCUGCCUCGCCUGUAAAACUCAACAUCCAUAUUUCGACCCGAAAUGCAGAGCCUGCAGAACCAGGGUAAACCUGAGCCGAGAUGACAGAGGGGCUAUUGACGUUCUUCCACCAUAAUCAACACCAUCGACAACUGAUUAAGUGUCUCGCACCUGAGGUAAACUGUUCAGAGAAUUUAUUCCAUUUUUAAUUUGACGUUCUUAUUUUCUGGGCUUCACCUGAAAUUUCAAAAAAAAAAAAAAAAAAAAUCUCGUAUUAUUUUUCAUUUGAUUAUUUAAGCCUUAAUUUUGAAAAAAAAUAUUAUAUUAUUAUUUUAUUAUUUAUUUAAUUACUCAAGUUCUCUUUUGCAAAAGAUUUGUUUUUGUACCUCAGAAUGCGAAAUGACCUGCAUCUUAUUAAUUACCACUUUAAACACUACUCAUAUCAUUAUCUAUAUUACCGAAAAAAAGAAAAAAAAAAAACACAUAUAAUCAAAUAUAUCAUACUACACAAAUAUAUAUGUGAUGUUAAAAUAAGUUUAAUAUUGUUUAAGAAUAACAUAUAAAAAGAGAAAAAAAAAAAAAAUAAUACAUAUAUAAGAAUUUAUAAAUGUUACAAAGAAAAAAAAGAGAUAUAAUUAAUAUAAAAUUAUAUAAGAUUAUUUAUAAGAUAACAUUUAAUAACCAAAUAUUUUUAUAUUACUAUAAUAUUGUACUACUAAAAGUAUAUUAUUAUACCGGGAUUACCUGACAAUUUAUUGUAACUCGUUUAUUAUUUUGUAUUUCCACUUUUAUCUUUCGUUAAAAAAGGAUAUCGAUUAAUCCUACGAGUGUUACCUGAUAUACAAUGUAUUAAGUACCAAAUGUUAUUAUAAUUAAUUAUUGUUAACUAUCUUUAAUUAAUGAUUUGUGAUAAUUAACUAUUUAAUUUAUCUUACUAUUACUUUACAGACUAAUUGUACGUAAUCGCCUAUGAUCAUGGUACUUUUUAAAUCGCUUUCGACUGAAAGUCACCGAGUAACUUCCAGUCUGGCCCGGGGGUGUAACGAGGUUUAUGAAACCCUCAUUAUCGCACCAUGAUAAUAGGCCGUUACCCAGGGUAGUUACCACAUGCUAUCUGGUUUACCCGCUAGAUUAUAUUCAAUUAUUAUUAUUAUUUAAUAAUCCCUCUCCAUUCGUAUUUUCAAUGGAAGGGAUGCGCAUCACGUCGACGCAUAAGCAUCGACGUGAAUCUAUAAGAAGGCCUGCGCGCCGUUAAUUAUUCAGAUUUAUACUAGUAUUCUCACCAUUAAAUUCAUAAUGAAUUUAUAAUAAAUAAGUUUAUUCUUUUAA